AUGUUUACUAUUAGGCCCUUUACUGAGUAUGAUAUUACUGCAAAUCGACUUGAGGCACACCAGAGGAGAGACUGGAACUUCAAUCUCUCAAAAGUUCAAGUAUGUAUUGAACAUGCUUUUGGAAGACUCAAAGGCUGCUUUCCCUGCCUCAGAAACCUUCCUGGUUAUGAUUUGGAGGCUAUGUGGAGAACAGUUGAAGCAUGCAUGAUUUUACACAAUAUUUUGCAAGGUAUUGGAGAUAAUCCUACAACAAUUGAAGGGUUCAAUAGGGAGGAGGAUGUUGAUGAUGCUGGAGAGAAUGAAAUGGAUGAAGAUGCUUUCUUGAAUCAUAGAGGUAAUAUUCCUAUUGAUGGUAUAGGUGAAGAUGAUCUAUAUGCAGCAGGAAUUUAUAGGUGA